AUGGGUAUCUCACGAGACUCUCGCCACAAGCGAUCCGCCUCUGGUGCGAAGCGAGCCUACUACCGGAAGAAGCGCGCUUUCGAGGCCGGCCGACAGGAGGCCAACACGAGAAUCGGUCCCAAGCGAAUCCACACCGUCCGCACCCGUGGCGGCAACUCCAAGUUCCGCGCCCUCCGUCUCGACUCGGGUAACUUCGCCUGGGCCUCCGAGGGCUGCACCCGCAAGACCCGUGUCAUCGUCGUCGCCUACCAUCCCUCCAACAACGAGCUGGUCCGAACCAACACCCUGACCAAGUCCGCCGUUGUCCAGAUCGACGCCGCCCCCUUCCGCCAGUGGUACGAGGCCCACUACGGACAGGCUCUCGGCCGCAGACGCCAGCAGAAGACCGGCAAGGAGGAGGAGCCCGCCAAGAAGAGCAAGGCCGUUGAGCGCAAGCAGGCCGAGCGCUUCGCCGCCCAGGGCAAGGUCGAGAACGCCCUUGAGAAGCAGUUCGAGGCCGGUCGCAUAUUCGCCGUCAUCGCCAGCCGACCCGGCCAGAGCGGCCGCUGCGACGGCUACAUCCUCGAGGGUGAGGAGCUCGCCUUCUACCAGCGCAAGCUGCACAAGUAG